AUGCCAAGGAAAAGGAAAAAUCUUGGGGGAAAUCCUUUGCGGAAGACUGCAAACUCUAAGAAAAUUGUCGUAUCCCGUGUUGCUAGUCGUGAGGAGCCAGCCACUACUCUUCCUUCCGUGUGUGAGACAAAGAUUGAUCAGGAGGAGCUCUUCUCCAGUAUCUCAGAGAUGUUCUCUGCUCUGGACCCUGAUGUAGUUUAUUUGAUGCUUUCUGAAUGUGAUUUUAAAGUUGAAAAUGCCAUGGACUGUCUGUUAGAAUUAUCUGCUACUGGUGCCAAGAUGGAACAAUCUUCUGUUGAUCGUGAGAGCAAGCCAGGUACAUCAGGAAGCACAGUGAUGGAGCCGUGCCGUCCCGAAGGCGAGAGCGAAGACUCAAAACUGGAUUCAUUUUUGGAUAUGCAGCUAACUGAAGACUUGGAUUCUUUAAUACAGAAUGCUUUUGAGAAACUGAACUCUCCUCCUGAUGACCAAGUCUACCCAUUCUCCCCUCUGCAAGAUGCUAAUAGUUUUAAUGACCCUUCCACCUUCAUGAAUUCAGAUUCAAGUGGUAUGACUUCUCUUCUUUCUGUACAAAAUACUGGCUCAAACAGCGAAAUUCUCAAGAAUUCUGCUUCUUUACUAAGUUCAAACCCACUGACUUCACAUUCAGUUUCCAUUGAGCCUGAAGGUUGUACACAGAGUGGCACAUUGGCAUUGGAAGGGGGCUACCCAGAAGGCUCUCCUCUCAGUAGCUCUGGAAAUCCAACAAAUGACUCUGUUAUGGGUUGUGGCAAUUUUAGCCAAAGACACAAAGAUCGUUUGGAAUCUGAGUGUCCUCGUGUGCAGCAUUCUCAAGCCCUUGUAGAUUUGGGCAACAGUGAACCUCGGGUUCCUUCCAAUCGCCCUCUGCACAAUUCAGGGUCUGAUUUACCAGGUACAGAUGGGGAUCAAAAGCCUGCUUCUGCGCCUGACGUUUUUGUGCCCUCUGAGGGGUUCAAUUUCAAGCCGCACAAACAUCCUGAACUGCCACCAAAGGGGAAGGAUAUGAAUUACUGCCCGGUGCUCACCCCUCUCCCUUUACUCCUUCCGCCUCCACCCCCACCACCAAUCUGGAACCCGAUGAUCCCUGCAUUUGAUCUCUUUCAAGGGAACCAUGGCUUUGUAGCCCCUGUUGUGACCACAGCCGCACACUGGAGACCUGUCAACUACACGUUCCCACCCCCCAUCAUCUCCCACAACUCUCCGACUAAAGUGUGGAGGGGCAGCGAGGGAGCAAGUGCUUACCAGGUGCAGGAGGCCCCUGUGCCGCAGCCUGCGCGGAAGAAGACCACCUCCUUUGUCGGCUUAGUUCUCGUCCUUCUCAGAGGGCUGCCAGGCUCAGGGAAAUCCUUUCUGGCAAGGACUUUGCAAGAGGAUAACCCAGGUGGCGUCAUUCUCAGCACCGAUGACUAUUUUUAUAUAAACGGACAGUACCAGUUUGAUGUAAAGUACUUAGGGGAAGCCCACGAGUGGAACCAGAACCGAGCAAAAGAAGCAUUUGAGAAGAAGGUUUCUCCAGUAAUCAUAGAUAAUACAAACCUCCAAGCGUGGGAAAUGAAGCCAUAUGUUGCUUUGUCUCAAAAGCAUAAAUAUAAGGUCCUUUUCCGGGAACCAGACACAUGGUGGAAGUUCAAGCCGAAGGAACUUGCAAGACGUAAUAUUCAUGGAGUAAGCAAAGAGAAAAUAUCAAGAAUGCUGGAACACUAUCAGCGCUUCGUUUCCGUGCCAAUAAUAAUGAGUUCUUCAGAUCCAGAGAAAACCGAGCGGAUCGAGUUGUGUGCAUACGCCUGUGAGGACAGAAAUUCUAGCCCAAGAGACAGUGAAGCUGUUACUGCUGCAAAAGACGACAAUGUUGCAGGUGCAUCUCCGAAGCACUUAGAGUCACCAGAGGAGAAGACUCUUGAAGUGGUCACACAAGCAGCGUUACCUCCGAGCGAUCCCUCCCUCUCUUGUCCCAGUUUAAACAGAGGAAGAAAGGAGUCGGGUGACAUGAGUCAAGGCGUUUCUAACCACUUCUUUCAGGAAGCUCCGAGCACCUACUUUUCUAACCCUGAAAACAAAGUUCAAGCCACAGAUAGAAGUGAGAAAGAACAAGAGACGAUGUCUGAAAAAGAGCAUUCUGAAGUGGAUGCCUGGAGUCCUGCAGAGGGGGCAUCAUCAGAUGGUUGUGCUGAGGAUAACCAAGAAACCUGUGAGUCUGCAGGUGCAGCUACACUUCCCAGUGAAAACCCCUCACCUCCUGAAACACUGGAGGAAAGGACAGCAGGAAAGAAAAAGGCCAUUGGAAAACAAAAAAGCAAAUCAUCUUUGGAAAAAUUCCCCAAACAUGAGCUAUCAAAUUUUGUUGGUGACUGGCCAGUUGAUAAGACAAUUAGCCAGAGAACUAAAAGGAACCGGAAAACUGAAAAAGGUUUAUCUGUACAAAAUGACAAAAAAUGUAAUCGCCCGCAGUCCCACAAAGCAUUAGAUACUAGGGUAUCUGUGAAUACAGAUCCUAUCCAGCCCCAAGGAUCUGGAAAUGAUGAUCUUUCAGAAGUGCCCAGUAGCUAUCACUAUGAUCCUUACAAAAGUACUGAGCAGACCUCAUUCAGCGCUGUGAGCGACUGGCCCUCAUCUGCUUCAUUAACUCAGAGAGAGCACAGACCGAGAAUGCCAAAAACUGGCUUAAGUGAAUCCAGCGUGGAAUUUGGAACUAAUGACAACCGGGGUGAAAUACCCUUAUAUCCAGCACAUGAGGCCUACUGGGGAACAAGCCCUGAAGAACUGAAGACGCUGAGUUCCAGCCUUCGGAGUUCUGAAAUGCUGCCCAGUAAAACAGCUCAUGAGCAUGGCCGGGCUUCCCUGAGUAAAAUGGUUCAUAGCCAGCACUCACUGCCCCUUACCUUUUCUGGCAGUGCAACAACACUUCCUGGAGUAGUGGGGCCCCGAGCUCUAACAGAAUUUCCAAUAGGGGUGUCUGGAAUCAUCUCUGGAACAGAUACAGGCACUUGUACCCAGACUGAACCCCAAGAUUUUGCUCUCUUGUGGAAAAUAGAAAAGAAUAAAAUCAAUGUUUCAGAUUCUGUCAGAGUGUUGACAGGAAGAUUAGAUGGGUUUAAGCCAAAAGAUUUUACUCUUAUUAGAAAAUUAAAUGUUCAAGAAACAAUUCCAUAUAGAGUCAUGCAUGAUAAAAGUACAUUUGUUGAAGAAAGUGAGCUUACCAGUGCCGAUGAAUCUGAAAAUAUUAACAUCCUUUGCAAACUAUUCGGAUCCUUUUCCUUAGAAGCCCUGAAAGAUUUGUAUGAGAGAUGUAAUAAAGACAUUAUUUGGGCCACAAGCCUCUUGUUGGACUCUGAGACUAAACUGUGUGAGGACACUGAGGUUGAGAACCCCCCCAAGUCAUGCAGCGAGUCACAGGUUGGGCCGUUUUCUAUGGGCUUGGAUUUGAAGGAAAUUAUUAGCCACAGAGGAACCUCAGAAGGUUCUAAUUCUUCUGUAUCAGAAUUUAGUCCUGGAAUUGGUAUCAGGAACACCAGUGCACAGUCUGCUGGUGACCCAGAAAAGGGGAACUCAGAGCAGGAAGGGAUAAGAGCUGUAAAUCCUGAAAACCCUGAAUUAAUAACCAGAAUAUUCCCUAAUGCCACUGUAAACGUGAAGAGUAAUAGUGAAAUAGUGCCUGACUGUCAGGCUGAAUUGUCUGGUGCGUAUACCUUUAAGCAGCCUCUUUCACUUACUCCACGAUCUUAUAUUCCUGAAGAUGUUAGUGAAAUAGAAAAAAGUCUAGUAGUGACAGAGACUAGAGACAAUAUUCAUUCUUUUUUAAAUUUAUCUGAUAUUAUAAACUCUGCAACAAGCACUUCAGAUCCUGAAUUAAAUGAAGAUGUUUAUCUUACUGGCUCUUUGGAAGUAAAGAAAAAUGAAAAUCUUCCUAAGGAUUAUGUGAAAUUUGCAAACAUGGAAGAAUUGAUCAAUGAAGAUAAACAGGAAAUGGAGAGAAAUCUAGUGCCAGGAACUGGUUGGUCCGCAGGAGUUAGUGAAGAGGGUAAAACUGAGGUGUUGACUCCCACACCAGUGACAGCCAAAUCUCUGACCAUAGACUGUCUGGAGCUGGCACUACCCCCAGAGCUGGCUUUCCAACUUAACGAGCUGUUUGGCCCGGUUGGUAUUGAUUCAGGAUCUCUAACAGUUGAGGAUUGUGUGGUUCAUAUAGACCUGAAUCUCGCUAAAGUGAUUCAUGAGAAAUGGAGAGAGUCUGUAAUGGAGCGACAGAGACAAGAGGAGGUUUCUCGGGGCAAGUGCAUGCAAGAUCCCUCGCUGGCUGGGCAUACUGUUCUUGAUAAUUCUGAACAAAAAUCAUCUCAGAAAACAGGCAAAAGAUUAUUGAAGACUUUAGCAGCACCUGAGACCCUGGAUCACUGGAACACUCAAACAAAAAAAGUUUCACUUCGAGAAAUAAUGUCAGAAGAAAUUGCCUUACAGGAGAAACAUGACUUGAAACGGGAGACACUUAUGUUUGAAAAAGACUGUGCCACAAAACUAAAGGAGAAGGAGCUCUUUAAAAUAUUUCCAGCAAUUAAUCAAAAUUUCCUGGUGGACAUUUUCAAGGAUCACAACUAUUCACUGGAAAACACUGUACAGUUUCUAAACUGUGUUCUUGAAGGAGACCCUGUGAAAACAGUUGUAGCUCAAGAGUGUGUUCACCAGAAUGAGAAUAGCACUUCUCAUCCUGCACAGAAAUCGAAAGAGAAAAAGGCAAAGAAACCGAAAGAGGCUGAGGAUCCCCCAGGGGACCCAUCUUUCCAGGAUUUUGAGUACCCUGAGUAUGAUGACUAUAGGGCAGAAGCUUUCCUGCACCAGCAGAAGAGGAUGGAGUGCUACAGCAAGGCCAAGGAAGCCUAUCGCAUGGGGAAGAAGAACGUGGCCACCUUUUAUGCUCAACAGGGCAGUCUGCAUGAGCAGAAGAUGAAAGAAGCCAAUCACCUCGCUGCUGUGGAGAUCUUUGAGAAAGUCAAUGCCUCUCUGCUACCGCAGAACGUCUUAGACCUCCAUGGGCUGCAUGUGGAUGAAGCUAUAGAACAUUUGACAGCAGUUCUACAGCAGAAAACAGAAGAAUUUAAGCAGAGUGGUGGCAAGCCCUAUCUGUCAGUGAUUACUGGGAGAGGAAAUCACAGCCAGGGGGGAGUUGCUCGAAUCAAACCAGCUGUCAUUAAAUACCUCACAAGCCACAGCUUCAGGUUUUCUGAAAUUAAACCUGGGUGCUUGAAAGUCAUGCUAAAGUGAAACCUAAGGCCCUGGACUUAGAAGCGUGAGGUUUGUGGGCUGACGUUGGUUUUACUUGUAGUAAUUCAGUCAGUUCUGUUUUCAAAUGUAUUUUAUUGGGAAUGUAAAUCAAGAAAAAUGUUUUUCAGAAUUCAAGGAAAGUGGUUUUUUAACUUAAUCAAAUGCCAGUCUGUUACUUGUUGAAACAUUAAAAGGAAUUUUUAUUAAUUACAAAAUGUCUAAAAAAAAUUACCACCUGCAGUUUAAAGUCUUAAGUAUUGUAUUGUGGUUAGGAAAACCAACCAACCAACCAACCAACCAACCAACUAACCAACCAACAAACACUGCCUUGUAUUCUGGUUCACGUUUAGAGAUUCCUAAAAGCGUCCGUGAGGGCCGAGUGCUGAGUGCCUCUCAAAGAAUUUGUUCAAUAGUGACGGGGGAAGGUGAGCAGCAGAAACACAAGAGCUCUGUCUCCUUUCAAAGCUUAACACUUGACAGGCGGACACUUGAUUGUCUUUUCCUCUGUAUCUUCAUCCCUUCCCUUCUGGGCUGGUCUGAGAGUAACUUGUAGUCUCAUAGGUACAAUAGGUAGCUUUCAGAGGAUAGGCAGGCAGUGCUGGGUGUCUCCUGUGUCCUGGACUGUCCAUGCAGGGGCAUGGAGGCUAAACGGCUGCGUUAGGCUCAAGACAUCAUUUCUAAGCUGCAGGGAGUCAGUCCUUUUGGUAUAACUGUAAAAGAAACUCUUGUAAUUAGAUUUUUUUUUUUAACCUUUAUUUUGAAAAGGAGCCAACUUUCUGAAAGAAGAGUCUCAUUGACUUUUUUGAGCUAAUGUCCUGUUUACGUAUAAAUUCUGGUUUCCUUUCUACAGACUUAGUUUGGCAAAGUGUAAUUUUUCUAGAAUGACACAGUAGUUAAAAUAAAUCUAACUUUGGACAUACAGAGUAUUUUCAACAUAUAUGGUAUUCACAAACAAUUCCAUUGCAUUUCUGACCUUCGUAAGGAAUGCAGCAGUGCCCUCCCUGAAAGAUUCCGACAGAGUGAGCUCCAAAAGGGCAUUUUAAUGGAAAUAAAACUUGGAACCACGUUUUUACGUCUUGUGAAUCAUGCUUUUAAAAAAGAGCCUU